AUGAAGCUUAUAAUCUUCACUUUGCUUGUUGGUGCUGUUUACUGCAUCCCUGUCGACAACGGAGUAGAAGGUGAACCUGAAGUGGAAUGUGGGCCCACUGCUAUAACCGUCAACUUCAACACCAGAAACCCAUUUGAGGGUCACGUUUACGUAAAAGGUCUUUAUGACCAGAAAGAGUGUCGAAACGAUGAAGGUGGCCGGCAGGUGGCCGGAAUCGAGCUACCUUUCGACUCUUGUAAUACUGCGAGGACCAGAUCUCUCAAUCCUCGCGGAGUUUUCGUCUCGACCACCGUUGUCAUCUCGUUCCAUCCACAAUUCGUGACUAAAGUCGACAGGGCGUACAGAAUCCAAUGCUUCUACAUGGAGUCCGACAAGACCGUCAGCACCCAAAUCGUGACCAGAAAGAGUGUCGAAACGAUGAAGGUGGCCGGCAGAUCUCUCAAUCCUCGCGGAGUUUUCGUCUCGACCACCGUUGUCAUCUCGUUUCAUCCACAAUUCGUGACUAAAGUCGACAGGGCAUACAGAAUUCAAUGCUUCUACAUGGAGUCCGACAAGACCGUCAGCACCCAGAUCGAAGUUUCCGAUCUGACAACUGCCUUCCAAACUCAGGUUGUGCCAAUGCCUAUAUGUCGUUACGAAAUCCUCGAUGGAGGACCAUCCGGGCAACCUAUUCAAUUCGCAACCAUCGGCCAGCAGGUGUACCACAAGUGGACUUGUGACUCUGAAACCACCGAUACCUUCUGCGCUGUCGUACACACCUGCACUGUCGAUGACGGUAACGGUGAUACGGUACAGAUUUUGAACGAGGACGGUUGCGCUCUUGAUAAGUUCCUUUUGAACAAUCUUGAGUAUCCCAGCGAUCUGAUGGCAGGUCAAGAAGCUCACGUCUACAAAUACGCUGACAGAUCGCAACUGUUCUACCAAUGCCAAAUCAGUAUUUCAAUCAAGGAUCCUGGAAGUGAAUGUCCUCGCCCACAGUGCGCUGAGCCGACUGGAUUCGGAGCUGUCAAGCAGGGUACUCCUAAAGCUGCUGGUGGAGCAGCUGGACCCAAAGUUGAGGCAGGAGCAGCUGAUGUCGCCGUAGCUGCUGGAGCCGCCGGAGCUGCCGGAGCUGUUGGAGCUGCUAGAGGAGCUGCUGGAGCUGUAGCAGGAGCAGCGCAACUGAGACUUCUGAAGAAGAGACAAGUUAACAAUGAGGCCAUUCUGGAUGUCCGAGCUGAGAUUUCGGCAAUCGAAAUCACCGAUAAUGAUUCGCUGCCAUCUUCACUUCGAGCUCUCUCACCUGCGGCACUCAUCAGCAACGACCGUUUCGAUUCCACUGUUUGCUUGUCCCCUCUUUCGUUCGCCGCAUUCAUCGGGCUGGGAAUUCUUCUGGCCACUGCUCUCUCGGCAUUCAUCUUCUACACUGCACGACCCCAUCGCAAGUUCUAA